AUGGAAGUAGAAGAUAGCGGUCGGUGUAUUGCAGUGCGGUUUUUCUCAGAGAACGGUGAUGGACUUGGUGGAUCAGCGAUUUUACUUCCUUUGUGUGCUACCACCUCCCAACUUGAAACUCUAUGCAAUGAAUUAUUGGAUAGUUCGAGUGAUCCAAUUCCGAUUACUUUUCGGACUAAAAGCGGCAUUUUAAUUGAGGAUUCUCUGAGUAACUCCAUACCGGAAGAGGAAAUUGAAGUGGAAAAGAGUAUCGAGAUUGUGUAUUAUCCAGAAGCAGUAUUUCGCGUCAGACCGGUGACAAGGUGUACUUCAUCAAUCCCAGGGCAUGGUGAACCAGUGCUAUGUUUGCAAUUUAGUCCAAAUGGAAGGGGUCUUGCCAGUGGCUCUUCAGAUACUACGAUACGUUUUUGGGAUCUCAGCACUGAAACGCCAUUGCAUACUGGUAAAGGACAUACGAAAAGUGUAUUGUGCAUUGCAUGGUCACCUAAUGGUCAAACGGUUGCAUCCGCUUGCAAGAAUGGAGAAAUUUGUUUGUGGGAUCCAAAAAAGGGGAAUCAAAUUGGCAGAAAACUGAUUGGUCAUAAGAAGUGGAUCAAUCAACUUUCAUGGGAACCAUAUCAUAGUAAUCCACAGUGCAGGUAUUUGGCAAGUGCAGGAAAAGAUGGUGACAUAAGAAUUUGGGAUAUCGUAAAAUACGGAUCUGUUCGAUGUUUGAGUGGACAUAUAGCAUCAGUUACUUGCGUGAAAUGGGGUGGAGAGGGUUUAAUUUAUAGUGGAUCACAGGAUCGUACUAUUAAAGUUUGGCGUGCAGCUGAUGGAACAUUAUGUCGUACUCUUCUUGGUCAUGCUCAUUGGGUGAACUCGUUAACUUUAAAUGUGGACUAUGCUAUGCGAACAAGCUUUUGGAAUGCAUUAGAACUACCCAAUGUUUCAUUUGAUAAGGAAAAGUGUCACCAACAAGCUCUAGAACAAUAUCAGAAGGCAAAGGGCUCAUCUGGAGAAGUACUUGUGUCCAGUUCAGAUGAUUUUACAUUGUAUCUGUGGAAGCCGGCAGAAGAUAGAAAACCUCGAGUACAUAUGACUGGUCAUAUGCAACCAGUUAUCCAGGUGAUGUUCUCACCUAAUGCUCGCUACGUUGCAUCAGCAUCAUUCGAUAAAUCGAUUAAAUUGUGGUGUGGAAGAACUGGUGCUUUCAUUGAUACAUUACGAGGGCAUGUUCAAGCAGUCUAUCAAAUUGCAUGGUCGGCAGACAGUCGUUUGUUGGUUUCAGGUUCUGCAGAUUCCACUUUGAAGGUUUGGGAUAUAGAAAAACGAGGUCUCUGCAGAGAUCUUCCAGGACAUGGCGCUGAUGUAUACGCAGUUGAUUGGAGUCCAGAUGGCACACGAGUAGCUAGUGGUGGAAAAGAUAAAGUAUUAAAAAUGUGGCGCCUGUAG